CGUGGAACGGAAUGGAAAUGGGAAAAACGGACUAGCACGGUGUUUUCUUUUGGACCCGUAAAUUAUUUCACAAUGACCGGGAGGCUUGACGAAUAGCCCAUCUGAACAUAGACAACAAACACACCGUUGAGUGGUACGCGACUCACCUUCUCAUCUCAUUUCACAUCACCGUUACGCGCCACCAGCUUACCGGGGCUCCCAUUGAAGCAACCGCCAAUCGCGUGGAAGAGCAAGUGCAUCUGCCAUGGCUGCUAAGAGGGAGGCCUGCGGCCAAUUUGCUGUAGCCAGUGCUGCAAUGGCUGCAAUGGCGGCUGCUUCAAGCCAAAAUCCGACGAAAGCCACAAUGACGGACCCCCGUUUCCGGAUCCGACCGCUGCAGCAAGUGGCAUCCGCUUGUACGGGCGCCAUGGUGACGGCCUGCUUUAUGACCCCUCUGGAUGUGAUCAAGACCCGGCUGCAGGCCCAGCAGCAAGCGCUGCUCUCAAACAAGUGCUUCCUCUACUGCAACGGCCUCAUGGACCACAUCUGCCCCUGCGGCCCGGACACGCCCAACCCAGCAGCCGCCAAGCCCGCUCCCCGUUUUUCUGGCACCAUUGACGCAUUCAUCAAAAUUAGCCGCACUGAGGGAAUCGGUUCCCUGUGGUCGGGGCUCAGCCCAACGCUAAUCUCGGCCCUGCCCUCGACCAUCAUAUACUUUGUGGCUUAUGAGCAGUUCAAGGCCCGUUUCACCGACAUCCACUACAAGUACAUGCGACGCCCGGAUACCAGUGCCCACGACAUUCCACUCCCGAUUCCAUUUUUGGUGCCGCUGCUGGCCGGCGUAUCGGCCCGCAUCCUAGCCGUUACCUGUGUGAGUCCCGUCGAGCUAAUCCGCACCAAGAUGCAGUCGCAGCGCAUGACGCACGCCGAGAUGUUUGGCACCAUUCGCCAAGUGGUGCAGUCGCAGGGAGUACUGGGUUUGUGGCGCGGUCUACCGCCCACAAUCCUGCGCGACGUGCCCUUUUCCGGCAUCUACUGGACCUGCUACGAGUACCUAAAGAGCUCCUUUGGCGUGGUGGAGCCGUCGUUUAGCUUCAGUUUUGCGGCGGGAGCGAUAUCCGGAUCGGUGGCCGCCACUAUCACCACGCCCUUCGAUGUGGUGAAAACGCACGAGCAGAUCGAAUUUGGCGAGAAGUUCAUAUUCUCAGGUAGGCCCAAUGUGGUUCAGCUUGCUGCAACCAACUCCCGUAGCAGCAUUGACAAUGGUUCGGUUUGCAUUACGGCAGAUAAUCCCCCCAAGCAAGUGGCCACCAAGUCGGUGGCGGUGCGCCUGGCCAGCAUUUACCGCCUGGGCGGAGUGCCCGCCAUUUUCUCUGGACUGGGCCCCCGACUCUUCAAGGUGGCGCCCGCGUGUGCGAUAAUGAUUUCGUCCUUCGAGUACGGCAAGUCAUUCUUCUACCACUACAACAUCGACCAGCACAAUCGGAGCAAUCAGGUGACGAAGUCGUCCGGUUCUUGAACUCACUCCCAUUCGGGCGACCACAGCUUGUCGACGUGAAUCUUUGUACAUAUGUAGAAUAAUGCCAAAGUUGCCAGGAAAUCGGUGGGCAGGCAUCGUCUACUGGGUUUGGCGAGCCCCGUCGAAAUUGUUAAAUUGUAGUGAAAUAAAAUUCUUGUUUUUCCUGGUUCAAAAACAAACAUAAA